GCCUUUAAAGGUAUCACUCUGGUCCUUCGAACCACAUCGAAUAAAUAUGGUCUUUGUUGUUACCACCUAAUUAGUUUUAAAGAAAUUGAUGAUAUUAUGUUAGUGCCAGUGUCCGGUAAUAAUAGGAAAUAUCGAGAAAAUGUGCGCGACAUUAUUCCGGAAACAAGAGACUCAGGAUAUGUUAUCCUUCGAAAGUUGUAUCAGCGACGAGAACUUGGAUUAUUUGCUAAAUGACAACAAUAAUUACGAUAUUCGCGUGUCUACUGUCAACGAAAAGUACUUAAAAAGUCCGAAUUUGACGCAAACGGACUCGGACGAGGGGUACAACACAUCAAUUUCACCAAAGAUAACCACUAAAUCUGAAUCCAGAAAAUCUCGCGUUAAGAAAGACUCAUCCGUCCCAACCACCUUACAAGAAACCAAAGACAACACCAAUCGGUUUCAAUGCGAAUACGACGGUUGCAAUAGAACGUACAGCACCAUCGGUAACCUUAGGACGCACCUAAAAACCCACAAAGGUGACUACAGGUUUAAAUGUACCAUCGUGGGAUGCGAUAAGGCGUUUCUCACAUCCUACAGCCUAAAAAUUCAUAUAAGGGUCCAUACGAAAGUCAAGCCCUUCAAGUGCCAUCAGGACGAGUGCCAUAAGGCUUUUAACACCCUUUAUAGGUUAAGGGCGCACGAACGGAUCCAUAAUGGGCAAACUUUUAAUUGCGAAGCCCCCGGAUGCAAGAAGUUUUUUACUACUUUGAGCGAUUUGAAGAAACAUAGAAGGACGCACACCAGGGAGAAGCCUUAUAGAUGUGAAGAAUCGGGCUGCGGAAAAUCGUUUUCCGCCUCCCACCACUUGAAAACCCACCAUCGCAUCCAUAGCGGCGAAAAACCAUACGCGUGCAAGGAAACCCCCGAUUGUAGCAGGGCAUUUUCCACGUCGCACAGCUUAAAGUCUCACAUAAAAACCCACCAAAGACAUUCCCCCCCCACCACCACCAGUUACACCCAUCUAAAACCCGAUACACUUGAACAACCCGCCGACACAUCGGUGACAGAUGACAGGUUAAAUGUCAAAAACGAGGCGACCUCUUUUGAUUUCGAGGAUAACUUCAUGUUUGGCAAUUGGGGUGUGGAAAUCGACGGCGGCGGGGAGAAAGAGGGCGAGGUGCGGGAAAUUCAAGCGUUAAAUUUAAAUGGUCCGCCCGCCACCACUACAGACACCCCCCAUCAGACAUUUCAACCCGCCACAUACUUUGACAACAUCUACAGUCCGUACAGUUUCGACUCGAACCAACUCAACCCCGACUACACGCAGCCAAUCACAGAGCAAGUGAGCCAGAUGCAGAUAAACAACAAAGCGAAAUACGCCAACGUAAUCGAGAGCGACCAAUUCGAAAUGGCCAACGGCCUAAAGAAUUACGCGACCGUAAAUACAGUGUCCGCGGACGACGUGCAACUCCCUUACAACAUCGGCACGCAAAGCGUGAGCGACGUGACCAAACAGGAAACGUUAAUAAACGAAUCCCAAGAGGAACUGGAAGAGAACUCUUUGAUCACCGAGUUCGAGAACGCGGGCAUCAGUUUCUUCGAUUUCGAGAAAGUGUUCGGCGAUAACGUCCUGGAGAGUAGCCCGAGUAACGUGAGAAUACUCAGCGUGAAAACGAUCGAUGCGAAACCCGCCCCGUCGGAGGCCUUGGAAGUGAACCUGGCCACCCACGAGGAAAUCUCGAACGCCUGGGGGGUCGGGAACUACAGCGACAUCGGCCAGUUCAACAUCUUCCAAGAGAACUUGAACGAGAAUCCUUUGACGGCCAUUUCCACCGCCGUCCAGUCCUACUUGAACCUUCCGGAGGUGCAACCUACGGACCGUAAGGUCGCCGUGGUCGAAGACAUAGAAAACGUCGAUCGGUUCCUCAACUCUUUGAACCAAGACAGCCAGCAACGUACGGACGCCUUAAAGGAAUUGACCGCGGACAUCUGCAAGUGUCAGAAUUGUAAGUGUGACGGCAAAUCGAACUGCCAAAGCUGCAGCACGUCGCCGCAAGCAGAACAAGAGGAAGAAGUCGAGGUGGUAUCACCUCCGCCUUCUGUAGCUUCUAGUGACGCGUGUUCACGUUGCCCGAUUGCUUCUAACUGCCAGUGUGACGCGACUAACACAAUUUCAGAUGGGAAAACGGGGGGUUGCGGCGGGGGAGAACAAGUUUAAACAGGCCCUGCUGGGGCUGGUCCAGAAAACCGACGGGUGCAAGGAGAAAGGGGAGCGGUGCUGCGUGGUUUUGUGCUUGAAAACGUUGGAGCAGUUGAGGCAAAUGGUCAAGUUCGCCAGCAAUUGUAGUAACGGGUUUCAGAAUUUUCCGAAGGGUUGUCUCAGAUCCGGUAAUUGUAAGUGAAAGUUAGGUGUACGGAGGGCCUUUAGGUUGCUAUAAGAACGAGUUGUUUGUUGCUAAGGGUGUCAUUAUUAGUAAGUCAAAGUGACGAGUACCUAUAUCCCGGAUAACGCAAACCUAUACCUAUCACACUAUGUUCGCACUAAUUGUUGAGAUUUUGGGCUUUAAAGCAAUUAUUUGAUUAUCAAUGUCUUCUUUGGACUACGUUAGGAGUUCCAUAUCUCCGAAUCUGAUGUAGCUUGAAUUCAUUUGGUCCCAAAAGAACAUUUGAAGAGCAUAUACAGGGUGUUCCGUUGAUCAUAUGUUACAAACUUCUAGGGUAGAUAGAAAACGUUAAAAAAAAAAAAGAAAAGUUAAUAUAAACAUGGGUCCGGAAAUGCUUCCUCAGGGAGAUAUCUGGAUAACAAGCUUAUCAUCUUUGAAGAAUAUUCCUGCUAGUUUUUGAGAUUUUGGAGUUUAAAGUUAAUCAUUUCAGUACUAACGUGCACACAAAAAGUUCCAUAUCUUCAAAAUUAAAGCCUGGACUCUUAUGGACUCAAGAGGCCAUUUGGAGAACACCAUUUCCUAAAUAUAUCAUGAAUAUAUUCUUCCUAGGUCUAGAGAGUUAUUGGACUCUAAAGGCAAAAGUCUGAUACACGAAUAACCCACUGAUAAACGAAAUCUUAUAUUUCAUCUAAAUUGGGCGACUCAAUGACAAAGAAAAGUAAAGAAAUACAAUUUUUACUCUUCCUAAAAAAGAUAAAUUUAAGCAUUCUGCUGUUGAAUUCGGCACCAUUCAGAAAACGAAUUUAGCGCAUAAGAUUCAUUAAAGCCUAAAAAAUGUCAUUUUGUAUCAAAAUAUGCAUAAGAAUAAAUUGGCAUUGUGCCAUGGAACUUGGACCCAAUGAAGAGAGACAUUGGAAGAGGAUAUAGUUUUCUUAAAAAUAUUCCAUCUUACAAGAAUAUUCCCAAUAGUUUUUCAGAUUUUGGACUUUAAACUUUUUAAGCACUCUUGUUAAUAGAUAAGAAAGUACAUAGGAAACAUUGUCGUUCUGUUUUUAACUUGUAACUUAGACUUGUUAUUAUCUUCAUAGGACUUGAAAAAUUUCCUGCAAACAACGUCAUUUAUGUUGUGGUAAAACUUUAAGUUGGCAUCAAUGUACAUUAAAUACUAUCUCCUGAUUGGUUUAAAACCGAUCAGACAACUUGAUCUUAUAGCAUAAGCAACCUGAUUGGUUAAACGUUAGGUAGUGACGCUGUCAUAGGGCAACUUACUACUUAACCUAUACAUCAAACACUUAAUGUCUUUUUCUAAAUUUAAUUGAUUAAAGAAAUGUUAUAGUCUUCCAUUAAUAGUUUAAAAAUGAUAUUAAGGUAAGGGAUUACCUUUAAAGGCCUUUUUUUUACAAGAGUUACCUAUAUAAAAACCAAAUUCUUUUAGGUUAGUUUUUAAUGCUUUUUAAUUAUUGUUUGUGUGGAAUAACCGUUUGUUAUGUGUGCAAUUAUAAUUAAUAUGUAUGUAUUAGAUGUUAAAUAGUUAAACGCCCAUAUAAUUAAUCAUUAUGU